CACGUCGCUCUUUCCCAUGCAGACUCAGCGCCAGAGCAAUGGCGACUGACGGAGGAAGUUCUGUGUUCGUUUCUCCCUGUGCUUUUUCUCCCAAGUCGCACCAGUACCUUGCCCUGUCCACGCAGGACGGCAGUCUCCGGCUCUGGGACACCCAAAGCAACACUCUGUACCAGGAAUAUGUGCCUUCGGCCCACUUGAGUGCCACUUGUACCUGUUUAGCUUGGGGACCAUGCAGGACAUUCAAGGAUGGCCCUCAGAGGAAGAAGAGGAAGUCGGAAGUGGCUCCGCACGGCGGCCAGCUGGACCUGCUGGCAAUGGGCACUGCGGCGGGCACCGUCCUCCUGUACAGCACAGUGAAGGGACAACUACACAGCAAGCUGGAUGGUGGUCACGACAGUAAAGUGAACUGUGUCCGGUGGCACCCGGAGAACAACUGUCUGUACAGCUGCUCCGACGACUCCCACAUAGUGGAGUGGGACCUACAGACUGGCAAAGUGAAAUGUAAGUGGAAGGCAGACAAGUGUGCGGUGAGCUGCCUGUGCCUCAGUCCUGAUGGGAAGAUGCUCCUCUCCGCUGGGCAGACCAUCAAGAUGUGGGACCUGGAGACCAAGGAGGUGUACCGGCGGUUCACGGGUCAUGCCACCGCAGUGUCCAUGCUGUGCUUCGCCACCACUAGACCCACGACCCGUGGUAUGGAGGGACUGUACUUCCUGUCUGGAGCAGCACAUGACCGCUUGCUCAGUGUCUGGCAGGUGCGAUCAGACGGGAAGGAUAAGAAUGCCGUGCUGUCCUUCACCCUGACAGACGAACCCAUCUAUGUGGACCUGGCCAUGUCCCAGAGCAAAGACGAGGCAGUGAAGCUUGCAGUGGUGUGCAAGGACAACCAGAUGCACCUCUUUGAGCACGUCCUCAAUGGUCACUGUAAGAAGCCCCUCUCCCCCUCGUGUUCAGUCCAGGUUGCCUCUCCCGGUUCAGUUGGUGACAGUGUUCCUUGGCCGGUCCCUAUCAUGGCUGCCGCCCUGACUGUAGACAAACAGGCCCUGCUCCUGGCCUACGGGAGUGGCCUGCAGCCUGUCAUUGAACGCACUACUCUGAAUGCUGGCGAGACUCACGUGUGUCUGGUGAGGGAUAUCCAGACCUCGCUGACACUCCGCACAGAGACCACUGUCACCAAGGUGAAGACUCCUACAGUCAAAGCUGAUGCCAAGCUCCUGGUGCCAGGACUUCCUGGGCACAGUGCACCUACUAAAUCUACCCCUCUGGAAACAAAGAGGAAACCGGGUUCCGACACCAAAGAAAUGUCCAUUGAGGAACGCCUGGGUGUGAUUGAUUUAUCCCCAGCAGAAGGACACAAGGGGGUCCACAAGGGGGGUCUCCCUCUCCAGACAGACAGCUUUGCAGUGCUACUGGUUCAGGGCUUGGAAAGCAGUGACAGCAACAUCCUCAACAAAGUGUUUCAGACGAGAAAGGAGGUGUUGAUAAAGAAGACGGUUGCCAGGUUACCAAUCCCUGCUGUGCUGCCAUUGGUGCAGGAGCUCUCAAAGAGAAUGCAAGGCCACCCUUAUAGCGGGGUGCUGAUGGUCCGAUGGUUGAAGGCUGUCUUCACUUUCCAUGCUUCCUAUCUCUCAACGUUGCCGAGCCUGGUGUCCCAGCUGGGAGUGCUGUAUCACAUGAUCGAGAGCAGAGUCAAGAUGUUUCACAAGCUGUCCCGGCUGCACGGGAAGCUCUACCUGCUCAUCACACAGAUUGCAGCUUCUGACAAGUCACAAGGUGUCAUAGCUUUGGACCAGACUGCCAAACUCGUCUACGAGGAAGAUUCUUCGGAUGAGGAAGAGGAGGGGACAGGAGAUGAGAUGCUGGCUGAGGAGGAAGACUCUGAUCACUGGGAAGAGGAAGAGGAGAUGAGGGAAGUUACAGAGCCGUCAGAUAAAGGAGAGGAGCACAGUGACGAGGAGAUGAAUGUGGAAAAUAAACUCAAUGGAGAUUCAGACCUGGAACCAGACAACGAGAGCGAGGAGGAAUGAGAGAGGGAAAGAAAUUAGGAAAUAAAUAAAUAUAUAUAACUUUUUGUUUUGUUUUUAUUUUAAUUUUAUACAAAAAGUAAAGAAAGCAAGCAACACAAGAGUCCUUGCUGGUGCUCCUGCCCAAGACUGGCUUUGCAGGGUACUAUUCUGAUGUGGGGAGUGGAGGAGUGACUGCUUUACCAGGGGAGAUGGGGGAUCCCUGUGUUCAAGAGACUAAAGACUGGCACUCCUCACCCCCAAUUUAUGGCAAGGAGCUGAAGGGAUCCAAGGAUCAUCUCUGUUCAUCCAGGCUUAUUCAAUCUAUUUUCUACAUAACCAGCCCUGUGUAAACCUUGAUCAUUUGUACAGUACAAUGUUUGUAUACUGCAGGUUUUAGUGCUGUUCUGGUAAAGAAAUAAAAACCUUACUGCAGAAUUAAACAAAAAAUAAUAAUUCUGUAAACUGAA